AUGGACAAAAGCGAGCCGUCCAUGAAAAAGCAACUUGUAAAACCGGACACACCGUCUCCAUCGGGAGAUGGCCUGACCACUCCCUACUCAGAGCUGAACAUUCGGAAAGACGAGCCGCCCAUCGCCGAGGACGAGGAUCCUCCCAUUGCCUCAGGACCCGGAUGGCUACCGACUACUGCACAGACAGCUGCGCAAGAACAGGAGCCGAAAUUGAAGAUCGGAAAUAGACCGUACUGUCUGUUCUGCCUAUUCUGCCUAGUUUCGUCCGCCAUCAUCGUGAUUGUUGUCGGAUUCUCGAUCCAUGGAAUGCACAGCGAUCUCCGUCACCAGUUCACUGAGAUGGAAACGAAGUACAGAUCUGUCAACGAAACCAAGGCUGAAAUCUGUGAUUCGUUGACCAGCAGAAGAGAGCAAACGUGUUUCAAGGACUGUGCCACAAAUACAGACCGGCGUUAUUACGUAUCAACGUUUGACACAUCUUUCCCCAGAGCGAUGCAAGAAUGUUCAAACCGUGACUCAAGGCUGCUGGAAAUCAAUUCAAGGGAUGAAGUGAGUUUUGUUUUCCGCCUUGUUGACAACCGAAACCGUGCUUACUGGGUUGGAAAGUGCGCGAUCGGGGAUGAUGCCACUGGUCUGCUGUACAAUGUGUCCUCCGGAAGGUCCUCCUGCAGUGCAUGCUCAUCAAGUGGAGGGAGUGACUAUUGCCUUCAUGAUAAACACCAUUUCAUCUGCGAGAAGUCCGCCCCCUGCUGUCCGGAUAUUCCUGAAAAGAUCCAGGUUCUCUGUCAACAGCCCGGAGAGCCGAUUUGA